AUGGCUACAGACGAAGUUACAGGAGGGGCUCGCAAAGCUACGAAAAGCAAACUUUUUGAGUUUCUGGUCCAUGGGGUGCGACCUGGGAUGCCAUCAGGAGCUCGAAUGCCCCAUCAGGGGGCUCCCAUGGGUCCCCCAGGCCCCCCAUACGUUGGAAGCCCCUCAGUGCGACCUGGGAUACCCCAGACCGUGAUGGAAACAACAAGAAAACGCACUGCACCACAGCAGGUCCAGCAACAGCAGGCGCAGCAGCAAGUGCAACAGCAGCAGCAAGCCGCUCAGAACCGAACUAGGAGUGCCAAGAGGAGGAAGAUGGCUGACAAAAUUCUCCCUCAGAGGAUCCGGGAGCUGGUUCCUGAGUCCCAGGCCUACAUGGAUCUGUUGGCCUUUGAACGCAAACUAGACCAGACCAUUAUGCGGAAGCGUGUGGAUAUUCAGGAGGCGCUGAAGAGGCCAAUGAAGCAAAAGCGGAAACUGAGACUUUACAUCUCCAACACAUUUAAUCCUGCAAAAUCUGACGCUGAUGACUCUGAUGGCAGCAUUGCUUCAUGGGAGCUGCGAGUGGAGGGGAAGCUCCUGGAUGACCUCAGCAAACAGAAACGGAAGUUUUCGUCUUUUUUUAAGAGUUUGGUUAUUGAACUGGACAAAGAUCUUUAUGGACCUGACAACCAUCUUGUGGAGUGGCACAGAACUCCCACAACCCAGGAAACAGAUGGCUUCCAGGUGAAAAGACCUGGUGAUGUCAGUGUGCGGUGCACAUUACUCCUCAUGUUGGACUACCAG